GAGUCGGUGGUCGUUCUUGCUUUUCGGUUCAUGUUUGUGUGCGUGUGUGUACAAGUACAUGCGUGCGUGUAUGUGUGUGUGUAUGUGCGUGUGUGUUGGUUUUUGCGUUUCUAUGGGUUUGCAUGCAUUUUUGAAUAUUUGUAUAAGCUUGUUUAUGUUUGCAUAAUUUUGUAUAUGUUUUUACAACUUUGUAUAUGCUUUUCAUUUGUUUGCGUAUGUUUUGACGCCUCUGUUCAUUUAUACAAUUUGUAUAUGUUUGUAUAUGUUUGUAUAUAUUUGUAUGUCUAUGACUAA